AAUUGGGUUAGUACGAACGGCCGCAGCACCGUAGUGAAACAAGAAAGCCUCGUCGAUCGUAGAUUUGUCUCGAAUCUUUACCUUUGUAAGUUAUAGUCACAGGUGGCGUGAGGCAAAGCACUGCAGGUUAUAAAAGCAGACUACUACGUCUUCCGAUUUCUUACAUCCAAUUUUAUUUUCCCAACACACGACCACUUUGAUCCCCAACAGACCUCAUCACUACAAAGGCUCAUCAUGACUCGCACAGAACGCGCUGGCUUCCCUCGUGCUUUAUUACGGGAUCGCUCUGAGUCCAAGUCCGGCCUCGACAAGUCCGUUCGAAAGAAUGGCAGUGGCCAACACAAUUGGGGUAGUAUCAACGAUGAACGCUACCUCGAGGCCGCCGCACUUGCAGACGAGGAGGAGGAAGAAUUCGAGGAAAAUACCACAGGCCAGCAACGCAAUAAUUCCGUUCACGAGAAGCCCAAACCCGAGAAACGGAUCAACUCCUUCACGGAGGAAGAAAGGGAGAGUGCUAGGCAGAUUAGGAAGAACGCACUCAAGGCACAAGACCUCGAUUUGUCUAUGAUUGCACGCACUUCUUCCGCUGCGUCUACAUCUCCACCCACCAGGUCGCCUCCGGUCUCCAUUACUGGCAGUGCAGAGACGGCCAGCAUAAGGUCAGCAUGAAGCGGAUGCGAAACUGUCUGCUCAACAUUUUACUUCGUGUUGACGAUUUACGUCAAAAUUACCGCAAAAAAACAUACAUAACACGCUUGUUCCUG